AUGCCAUUCACCAGCAACAACACUCAGAUGCCUCUCUCUGACAUCAAAAUGAGUAUCAAUGACACUCCGGUAAAGGUCCCCCUGGAUGAGGCUCCAUUGGACUCUGUUUACGCCAUGUCCAUUGACUUGCCCAAUCAUGAGGAGGUGAAUGGAGAAAUUGAUCCUUGGGCUCUACCAGAGCUUCAGGCUUCUGGCCCUUCCUGGAAAGAGCUGAACAAUAUGCAGAGAGUGAAACGCAUUGUGAUCGGGACAGUCAGGGGUUGUCUUCUCCUGGGGUUCCUCUAUCUGUUCAUCUGUUCUUUGGACGUUUUGAGCUCAGCAUUCCAACUGGUGGGAAGCAAACUGACUGGCGAUAUCUUCAGCGAUAAUGAGGUUCUCGCCAAUCCCAUCGCUGGCCUGGUCAUUGGUGUCCUUGUUACUGUCCUAGUGCAGAGCUCGAGUACCUCGUCUUCCAUCAUCGUCAGCAUGGUGUCAUCUGGAAUACUUAAUGUGAGGGCCUCUAUCCCUAUCAUCAUGGGCGUGAAUGUUGGAACAUCCGUGACCAGCACACUGGUGUCUUUGGCGCAAUCUGGAGACCGCAAUGAGUUCCGAAGGGCGUUUGGCGGUUCUGCUGUGCACGGAAUCUUUAACUGGAUGACGGUCAUUUUGCUGCUCCCUAUCGAGCUCGGAACAGGAUAUCUCUUCUACGUCUCCGAAGCCAUUAUCAAGAGCUUCAACAUCCAUGCGGGAGGGGACGCUCCUGACAUUCUUAAAGUCAUCACUCGACCUUUUACCGAUCUCAUCGUGAUGCUGGACAGCUCAGUAAUUGCCGGGAACGCCGUCGGGGAUCCUGAGAGCAUGAAUAAAAGUCUGAUCAAGCAAUGGUGCCGCACUGUACUGACAAACAGAACAGAACUCACCCCAGCUACAAACAUGACUGACUGCAGCAUUGUUACCUGCCUCACCAAUGCAAGUGGGACAUUCAUAGAAAACACCUUCACCAUUAAGGAAAACGUGGAAAGAUGUGUCCACAUUUUUGCGUAUGCCAAUCUGUCGGACAUAGCGUUGGGCCUGAUCCUGCUGACCGCCUCUCUCCUGGUUCUCUGCACUUGCCUCAUCCUCAUUGUCAAACUCCUGAAUUCCGUCCUGAAGGGCCACAUGGCUCACAUAAUUAAGAAGAUCAUUAACGCUGACUUCCCGUUCCCAUUCAGCUGGCUGACCGGAUAUUUGGCGAUCAUCGUUGGUGCUAUAAUGACUUUUGUGGUACAGAGUAGUUCUGUCUUCACCGCGGCUAUUGUGCCCUUAAUGGGUGUUGGGGUCAUCAGCAUGGACCGAGCGUACCCCUUAUUCCUUGGAUCUAAUAUUGGAACCACCACGACAGCCGUGUUGGCAGCUCUGGCCAGCCCUGCGGAGGCUCUAAGCGAAUCAGUGCAGGUGGCCUUCAUCCACUUGAUCUUUAACCUCAGCGGCAUUAUACUCUGGUUCGUUGUUCCCUACCUGCGAAUUCCCAUCUAUAUUGCAAAGAAGUUUGGAGACAUUACUGCCAAGUACCGCUGGUUUGCUGUCCUGUACCUGCUCCUCAGCUUCCUCGUCCUACCUCUGGCCGUGUUUGGCCUCUCCAUGGCUGGUUGGGUUAUCCUGGCCACUGUGGGAGUGCCGAUACUGGUUGUCAUCAUUGCCAUCAUCAUCAUCAAUGUCCUCCAGAAGAGGUUGCCAAAAUGUUUGCCUUCGUUCUUGAAAAACUGGGACUUCCUGCCCUUAUGGCUGCAUUCGCUAGCUCCCUGGGAUAAGCUGUUCUACAUGAUGUGUAAAUGCUGCUGCAAGAAGUGUUCCCAUCACAAUGAAGAAGAGAAGCCGAAAAAACUUCUACCAGUGGAAAUCCCAUACCUCGACCCUCACUGCUACGACAACCCAGACUUUGUACAAUCCAAACAUCUAUGA